GACUAUAAAUAACGGUGUUAUCGUCCAUUAUUUUUUUUUCUUUUCUUUUCUUCUAUAUUCUUUUUUUAAUCCGUUUUAAAAAUGGUCGCCCAAGUUCAAAAGCCUGCUCCCGCCUUCACUGCUCCCGCUGUUGUCAACGGUGAAUUCAAGGAUAUCUCCCUUUCUGACUACAAGGGCAAGUAUGUUGUCUUCUUCUGGUACCCUAUGGAUUUCACUUUUGUUUGCCCCACUGAAAUCCUUGCUUUCUCUGAACGCGUCAAGGAAUUCGAAGCUUUGGACACCGUUGUUAUUGGUGCUUCUACUGAUUCUGAAUUCUCUCACCUUGCCUGGAUCAACACUCCCCGUAAGCAAGGUGGUCUUGGUGAAAUGAACAUUCCUCUCUUGGCCGAUAAAACCAAGUCUAUUGCCAAGGACUACGGUGUUCUCAUCGAAGAAGCCGGUGUUGCUCUCCGUGGUCUCUUCAUCAUUGACCCUAACGGUGUUGUUCGUCAAAUCACCAUCAACGAUCUUCCUGUUGGUCGUUCUGUUGAUGAAGUCCUUCGUCUUGUUGAAGCCUUCAAGUUCACUGAUGAACACGGUGAAGUUUGCCCUGCUAACUGGAAGGCUGGUUCCAAGACUAUCAAGCCUGAUGUUGAAAAGUCCAAGGAAUACUUCAACUCAGUUAACUAAUUUCUGUGUACAUAUAUAUAAAAAAAAAUAACUUCUUCAUACCGUACUCACACUUGCAUUUAAUAAAAAAAAAAGAGGUUUUUUUGUCAU